AUGAGUUCGGGGUCAUAUGGUCCUCCCGGAGUUGGUUCUCGAACAUCGCCGGCAACCAAUGCCGUGGGAGCCAAUACAGGUACAUCUCCUAUGGGAUCGAUGCCGAAUCCGUAUUCGGGUUACAACUAUAUGGGGAUGCAAUAUUCCUAUCCAAGUUAUGGGUUUGAGUCAUGGUUGCCCGUUUCACUUUCUAGAAUGGUAAAUUCUACUUCUAUGUAUUUAAACCCGUACGGGAUGUACUAUAACCCGUAUCAGCAACCUGCAAUGUACUAUGGCUAUGGGUAUCCUCAAAGCACUUCUCAGUCCGCGGCAACUACUGCAGCAAGUGCUCAGAACAUGUACUCCACGAGCUAUGGAGCGAAUUCGACGGUUUCCAGUGCUUCGUCCUCCGUUCCGCCCGCUUCAGGCUCUACUUCUACGGCUACCGCGUCUACAAACUAUUCAUGGUCUCAGCCGUCAGGAAGCACAACAUCGACCAUGGGAGGAGCUUAG